AAAUCUUAUAUUGCCCAUUUUUCAAUGACAAAGUUGGAUCAUCUGAUUUAUACCAACUUUCUUUUAAUUUGCCACGAUUUUUAUUUUGUUCAUUUUUUCUACGGAAUUUUUUUUAAAUUAACUCAUACAUACCUCAACCACUAAAAAUGCCAUCAUCACCAUUAUUAUCAUCGUUGUCAUCGUGUACCAUGAAUGGCAACAAUCAUCAACAUGACCAACAACAAAUGCCAACUAUUUUUAAGGAUAAUGACGAUGAAGCCGGUGUUGAGCAAUCUACCAACAUCGAUGAUGUUAUAACGACAUCGAAUGAUCAUUUAGUUGACAUCAAUUCACCUACAUCUACAUUAAUGCAACAACCACCUGCCAUUUCACAAAGAGAUGAAAAUAAUGAUCAGGACAUAAACACGUUGACCAGUCGAUUAAUCGAACGUAGUUCAUAUCGUCACAGUCGUCGCCGCCAUCAUAAUGGCUCGUCUUCAUCAUCACAUAGACAUCGUUCGGCUUCAAUACUUAAACACGAUGAUAAUUUCAUGACAACAAAUACGGUACCUAUUUCACGAAAAUCUUCUGAUUGUUCAGCAACAACUAUGUCUGAAUUGACAACCGACAAAGAUUAUCUGGAUUAUAUCGCCAAAUUACAGAUGGACAGUUUGAUUCCACUCAAAGAAGAUGUUGCCGAUUGGCUUAAUCGUAUCCUUAAUUUAGACGAAUCAAUCAACAUAGAUAAUUUUAUGGAACGUCUAGAGAAUGGUGUGCUUGUGUGUAAAUUGAUACGUGUGAUUGAAGAUCAAAUCUGUGCGAAACAUCAAUCUGAAGGGAACAUGAUUGAUGAUGCACCAAUUACCGAUACCGGACGAAUAUUGAAUGGAUCUCAAUCAGUCACCAAGGAACUCAUCACAAUGAACAAGAUUAAUGGCCAUUCGCAAAAUAUUGGUGCGACAAAUUCAUUAAAUCGGCGAUGUUCAUUACCGAUUGGUAAUGGAAAUGUUACGGGUUCACAACCAAUGUUUAAUUCUAUAGGAUUUUUAAGUGCUCAUCAUAUGAAAUGCUGGGAAAAUGCUAAGCCACAUACAUUUUUUGCUAGAGAUAAUGUUAGUAAUUUUCUUGAAUGGUGCCGUAGGUUUGGUGUGAAAGAUGCGGUCCUAUUUGAAACUGAGGAUCUUGUAUCUAAUGUAAAUCAACGGAACGUUGUUCUUUGCAUAUUAGAAGUGGCACGAAUAGCAUGUACUAAGUAUUCAUUCAGUCCCGCGCCCGGUUUAGUCGAGUUGGAACAAGAAAUUGAUCGUGAAAUCGAACGUGAACUUCAAAUACAGAAACAAGCCGAAGUAAUUGACAAUGACAAUCGAAACAAAUUCCGAAAGCCUGAAAUUCCAAAUAAGCCAGCUGCAUUACGAUCCAGAACUGCUCAACAUAAUUCUAAAAAUAUUUGCCGACAGUUAUGGCCCGAUGAUGAAAAUGAUCCAGCUACUCAACGAGAUGAUAUCGAUUCCAUUGAUUCGACAAAUAUCCGUACAACUUCGUUAGCGCUAGUCAAUCAACAUUCUAACGAGUCAAUCAACAGAGAAUGUCAAGAUGAUGAUGAAGAUAUCACUCUUAUUUCUGCUCAAAAUGAUUCAAAAGAUGUUGGAUUUGUUGAUGCUGAUUCUGGCUGUUCUUAUUCAUCAUCUAAUCAUUCCGAUUCUGUAUUGCCAAGAUCACCUAGUUCGAAUUCUGUGCUGAGUUCAGCAUCGAGUUCAGCAGCAUCUGCUACAUAUUUUGGUGAUCAUGGUGGUUGUACAACCGAAACAUCAUCAACUUGUUCAUCGACACCUACGCCAAUGACCUCUGAACUAGAUCAUAAGGUUAUGCAAAUUGCCAAAACUUAUUAUGGGAAAGAAGCUCGUCAAGGUGUACAAAGACUUUCCGAAGGUAAAUACAAAAUUGCCAAUCGAAUUGUUUUUGUUCGGCUACUAAAAGCUCGUCAUGUGAUGGUUCGUGUCGGUGGUGGAUGGACAACGCUAAGCCAUUUUCUUGCACGUCAUGGUGGUGACCCGAAUCAACAAAUAUUGCCUGAUGAAUUACUUCCGUUAGAUACAAAAUCCAGCCAGAUGAAUGGCCCGAAUGGGGGAAUGAAUUACCAAUCAAGAACGACCAGUGCUAAUCGUCACCAUCAUAGUCAUCGUAUUCAUAAUACUAAUAAUGGAAGUACAACACAUACUCUAGUCAUUUCUACGACUACAAAAACAACACCCAUCUCUAAUUCAAAUAAUGUAGUCUCAGCACGAAAAUCGUCGAUAACAUCAGAUUUUUUGAAAUCGACAAAUUACGGACAGCAGAAAUUCAAUUCGACAAAUAGCAGAAAUGUUGGCAUGAUGUCAAUCCAUUCGACACCUGUCAGUCGUCGUAAUUCAGUUUCAUCAUCAUAUGUAGCUGAUAGUCCAGAACCCUCAUACAAUUCAUCAUUAGCAACUAGCCCUAUACUUACCAAUAUUGCACCAUUAUCCUCACAAACUAAAAUUCCCAUAUUACGACAAAACUUGCGGUCACGAUUGCCAAUGAUGAUUUGUGAUGCUGGAUCGCAAUCAUCUAAACAAUUACUACGAUCAACCAGUUCCAUAAUCAGCAUAUCACCAUCAUCUCAGGAACUUUCAACAUACAUAAAACAGCAACAAUUACGCCAGCAAACAUUGAACAAUGGCAAGACCCAAUACACACAACGUUCAAUGAUACCUAGAUCAACGACUGAAUUCGGACAAAUGCGACGCUAUGCUAAUUAUCUACGCAGUUCACAACAUAUAACCAAUAAAGAAUCUUUAGCAAAUAGUAACACAUCACUUAACAGUCAACAGUCACAAACACCUAUACGGACAAAUCAUCGACCUAACACAGGUUUUAGCCAAAAAACAUGUUAAUAAUGAAAAACCUGUUCAAUUUGAUUGAUAAUUGUUUAAAUCUUGAUGACAAA